AUGGACCCCCAGCUCGGCACCGCGAGCUGCCGAGGCUUGCACAAAAGCCGCGUUCAUUUCAUAAUUUCAACUACAAGCGGCCGAUCCUUUACGAUCACCUGCCUAAAAUACGGGAUCCCUUGUCAGGGUACCACCAACCACGUUGACGGUUGGUCAUCAACAGCCCGUACGAAGUACUCAUUUCUCUCCGAUCCCGACAAUGUGGACAGAGUGGGACGGGGCGAGAUAGUGUUGCAGUCCGACUGGCUGCUUGCGUAUGGAGCAAAGAGAAGAACAAGUCGAGAAGGACAGAAUAGGAGGGAACAAUUUCACUGGAACAGCCAACAUCCCCCAUCACUGCGUUUCGGCUGUCUUCUGACAGCGGAGCUUACCCACUGCCUGGAGUCCUGGACUCAGCCAGGCAAUGGAUACCCUCGUCCCGUACGAACCAUGAAGACACUUUUAUUCUGCACGACAAUAGAAUUGUCAGAGACUGAGGGGAGAAAAGUCUGGAGGAGGAAACCCGAAUGCGAGAAAUCCGAAAUCUGCGGCCGAGAGGCUUCUGGUCCUCACUUUGGACCGAUCCGUACGGAAACACCUCCUGCUUUCUGCUCUCCUCGGUGCAGGUGA